UUGCCCCUGAUGACCCCAGCAGAAAAAUAGAUGGUGAUACCAUUAUUUUUUCAAACGUUCAAGAAAGAUCCAGUGCAGUGUAUCAGUGCAACGCUUCUAACGAAUAUGGAUAUUUACUGGCAAACGCAUUUGUGAAUGUGCUGGCUGAGCCACCACGAAUCCUCACAUCGGCAAACACACUCUACCAGGUGAUUGCAAACAGGCCUGCUUUACUAGACUGUGCCUUCUUUGGGUCUCCUAUGCCUACCAUUGAAUGGUUUAAAGGAGCUAAAGGUAGUGCUCUUCGUGAAGAUACUUAUGUUUUACAUGACAAUGGGACUUUGGAAAUUCCUGUGGCCCAAAAGGACAGUACAGGAACUUAUACGUGUGUUGCAAGGAAUAAGUUAGGAAUGGCAAAGAAUGAAGCCCACUUAGAAAUCAAAGAUCCAACCAGGAUCAUUAAACAGCCCGAAUUCUCAGUUGUGCAAAGAGGGAGCACAGUGUCCUUCGAGUGCAAAGUGAAACAUGAUCACACCUUAAUCCCUACUGUUCUCUGGCUGAAGGACAAGGGUGAGCUGCCCACUGAUGGAAGGUUCACUAUUGACAAGGACCAUUUGGUGGUAACUGAUGUAAGUGACGAUGAUAGUGGGACCUACACGUGUGUGGCCAACACAACUCUGGACAACGUUUCUGCCAGCGCUGUGCUUAUCGUUGUUGCUCCUACUCCAACUCCAGCUCCCAUUUACGAUGUCCCAAAUCCUCCCUUUGAUUUAGAAUUGACAGAUCAACUCGACAAAAGUGUUCAGCUGUCAUGGACCCCAGGCGAUGACAACAAUAGCCCUAUUACAAAAUUUAUCAUUGAGUAUGAAGAUGCAAUGCAUGAGGCGGGGCUAUGGCACCACCAAACUGAGGUUCCUGGGACACAGACCACAGCCCAGCUGAAGCUGUCACCUUAUGUGAUCUACUCCUUCCGAGUGAUGGCAGAGAACAGCCUCGGGAGGAGCUUGCCCAGUGAGCGGUCUGAACACUAUUUGACUAAAGCUGCAGAACCGGAUAAAAAUCCCACAACUGUGGAAGGACUAGGAUCAGAGCCCGAUAAUUUGGUGAUUACAUGGAAGCCUUUGAAUGGUUUUGAAUCUAAUGGGCCAGGCCUUCAGUACAAAGUAAGCUGGCGCCAGAAAGAUGGCGAUGAUGAAUGGACGUCUGUGGUUGUGGCAAAUGUAUCCAAAUAUAUUGUCUCAGGCACGCCAACCUUUGUUCCAUACCUGAUAAAAGUUCAGGCCCUGAAUGAUGUAGGGUUUGCUCCAGAACCAGCUGUAGUCAUGGGACAUUCUGGAGAAGACCUCCCAAUGGUGGCUCCUGGGAACGUGCAAGUGACGGUGGUGAACAGCACCUUAGCUGAGGUGCACUGGGACUCAGUUCCUCUGAAAAGCAUCCGAGGACACCUACAAGGCUAUCGAAUUUACUACUGGAAGGCACAGAGUUCAUCAAAAAGAAGCAGACGCCACAUUGAGAAAAAGAUCCUCACUUUCCAGGGCAGCAAGACCCACGGCAUGUUGCCCGGGCUGGAGCCCUUCAGCAACUACACGCUGAAUGUCCGUGUGGUCAACGGGAAAGGGGAGGGCCCAGCUAGCCCGGACAGAGUCUUUGGGACCCCAGAAGGAGUUCCCAGUGCCCCGUCCUCUUUGAAGAUCAUUAAUCCAACACUAGACUCUCUCACUUUGGAAUGGGAUCCACCGAGCCACCCAAAUGGCAUUUUGACUGAGUACAUCUUAAAAUAUCAGCCAAUUAACAGCACCCAUGAAUUAGGCCCACUGGUAGAUUUGAAAAUUCCUGCCAACAAGACUCGCUGGACUUUAAAAAAUUUAAAUUUUAGCACUCGGUAUAAGUUCUAUUUCAAUGCACAAACAUCAGCAGGAUCAGGAAGUCAGAUAACAGAGGAAGGAGUAACAAGUGUGGAUGAAGCUGGUAUUCUUCCACCUGAUGUAGGUGCAGGCAAAGUUCAAGCAGUAAAUCCCAGGAUCAACAAACUUACUGUCACAGCUGCUGAGACCUAUGCCAAUAUCAGUUGGGAGUAUGAGGGACAAGAGCAUGUCAACUUUUAUGUUGAAUAUGGUGUAGUUGGCAGCAAAGAAGAAUGCAGGAAAGAAAUUAUAAAUGGUUCUCGGAGCUUCUUUGGGUUAAAGGGUCUAAUGCCGGGAACAGCAUACAAAGUUCGAGUUGGUGCUGAGGGGGACUCUGGUUUUGUGAGUUCAGAGGAUAUGUUUGAGACAGGCCCAGCAAUGGCAAGCCGGCAGGUGGACAUUGCAACUCAAGGCUGGUUCAUUGGUCUAAUGUGUGCUGUUGCUCUCCUUAUCUUAAUUUUGUUGAUUGUUUGCUUCAUCAGAAGAAACAAGGGUGGUAAAUAUCCAGUUAAAGAAAAGGAAGAUGCCCAUGCUGACCCUGAAAUCCAGCCUAUGAAGGAAGACGAUGGCACUUUUGGAGAAUACAGUGAUGCAGAAGACCAUAAGCCUUUGAAAAAAGGUAGUCGAACACCUUCAGACAGGACUGUGAAAAAAGAAGACAGUGAUGACAGCCUAGUGGACUAUGGAGAGGGCGUGAACGGCCAGUUCAAUGAGGACGGCUCCUUCAUUGGACAGUACAGCGGUAAGAAAGAGAAAGAGCCAGCCGAAGGAAACGAAAGCUCAGAGGCACCUUCUCCUGUCAACGCCAUGAAUUCCUUUGUUUAAUCUGCAAGCGUCUUGCCAAUAUCCCGUUCCUCCAGAAAGGUCCUCUCCAGCACUGUCUGUCAGCCUUCUCAUGCUGUGCACACAGAGGCAGGAGGUAUAAGUUCUGCUGUUAUGUGAAUAUUAUGAGAACAGUUAAAGUAAGAACAUGAUUCAAUCAGAUGAUUUAUUAAUGUGAAAUGCAGUGCAAAGUGCACACUUUUUCAUUCAAAAUAGGUAUUCUUGACCUUCAAAACUGAUAAAAAUAGUACAUCAUCAACAGAUCGUGUUAUUUCCUCUUCAGGAUACAGUUAAGUGUGAUGCAUGAAAAAUGCUGCACAGUUAAAGAACAUACCUGUGUAUGUGGCUAAAACAUGGUUUGAUACUUUGUUUAUAGUAUCCUCAGCUGAAACCCUAAAUAUGAAUUCCGUUUUCAUUGUCAAGAGUGUUACUAUAGUGUUCUUUAGAACUUCAAUGUCUUUGUGGACAUUGUUGUAAAAUUGGUGACUCUGUGUCUAGCUGUUAGUCUUUUGGGGAGACUGUUAGGAACAGUAUGUACAGUAUAUACUUGCUAAAUGAGUUAAUCACGACAGUUGCAUUUGCUGACGCUUACUGAGACUCUGUUACCUGCUCUUCGCUCCUGUUACUUCGUAGGCUCCUUAAUCUUCCAGGUAUUACAGUGGUGCAGUGUUCUACUCUUUACAUCAUCUCGCAUUCAGUUGUUUUUAGGCAUAAAUAAUGUGUAUUACAAUGCAUUUUGGCAUUUGCGCCAUGCUUAAAGAAUGAAAAACAAAGCACUCUAAUUAAAUUUCAAAACUUAUUCCAGAAAGCACAGGGCAAGACACAUGCAGUGCCUUCAGACAAGAAGCAUUCCAUAACACACUGCCUUCUGUAUCAAAGAUACAGUUGACACAGAGUUCUAGGUGACUGUCACUAAGAGUAACGUUUAAAAAGCAGAGAUAAUGAAAGUGGCAGUGCUGGGAAACAAGGAAAUGUGGAAAAGAAAUUAAUAAGGUAGCUUAUUUUAAAAAGUAUUGUCCCCAUAUGUAUAAAAAGAGAAACUUUAUCACCAACUGGAGUGCAUAAUGAUUUUUUUAGCCUUUUAUGGUUUCCACUAAAACAUGUCCCAUUCAGUAAGAAGGAUGUCAAUUUGGUAGAAACUUUGUUUUAAAAACAAGUUAUUCCAAAACUAAAAGCAUACAACAGCACGCCAACAGGAGUACAUUCUCUCCAAGUUUCUACCUGUGUGGCCGCUUUUGAAACUCUCUGCAGCAUUGAAAGAUCUGGAUGCAAAUCACCAUGGACCUUUUCAGAAUCUAAAAAGUCUAGUAAGUGCUAACAAGGCCAAGAGUCAAACAGGUUAUAUCUGCAGUUUCAAAAUACGUACACUCUACCAUGUUCAUAAACAAUAUCUAUUAAGUGGUUUACCUCCAAAUAUGAAAUUCUAUAACAACCUAUGGUUGAAGGAAUGCUCAGUUUCAUUUGCCAAUAAAUUGGUUUCUCAUAACUUGCAUCAAGUUUAAUUUUAAGUAAAGCUUUUUAUAUGUAGAUAUUUUGUUGAAUUUGUAAAUACACUUAAAAUGUAGAUGCUAUAUGCUUAUAGGUGUCACACACAAAUAAACAUACAAAUAAUGUUUAUGUUGUACUGUAUAAAAAGUUAGCUAAUUAAUAGAGUGCACG